AUGAUCUGAGCAACAAGGACAUGAGCUGCCCCCAGCUACUCCGGGCCCAACUGAAUCUGACUCCUUACACCACCAAGAUGGAGACGUCUACCCCAAUACGGAAUCAAGCUCGCCGGUCUUGUAGCUUUGGAGACGGUAGAAGGAGCCCUAGCUUCCCUAUUAUAGGACAGACCGCGGCCCAGAACCAGGAAGAGGAGGGGUCGUCACGACAACGACGCAUAACCAUUGCGUCCUACAUGCCCCAGUCGUCUAAGGACCAGAAUGGAAACUUUGCAGAGAAGGACAACAACGGGCACGGGGCCAAGGCUCUCCCAGGACUCAACACAGAUGAAGUCUGCCAAUGGUUUAGCAGUCUCGGACUGCAGAGAUGCCUCCCUUUCAUCAGAGAGGGACACCUGUGUGGCGCAGACAUCGCCUCCGUGGACGCCAGCACCCUGGAGAUGCUCCACCUGUCCACGCCCGAGGACCGGGAGCUGCUGCUGUCCAACAUCUACAGAGAGCUCCACCCGCCCAAUAGCCUGACCCGGAGACUGGACUCUCUGAUCGAAACAUUUGGGCCUCAUAACAACGUGGAGAGCUUUACCGCGGCGCUCGUGUCCAUGAGCAAGUCCAUGUCCGCCCCUCACGUGAGCGGCCUCACCGCGAUGCCUUCCUCCCUAAUGCUCAGAGCCAAGAGCAGCAUGGGGCAGAGGAGCACUCAGCUGAUAGAGAUCACCGUUCAUGCAUUAGAGCAAAUCGUCCAUCUGCGUACGCCAAAAGAAACCACAGUGGGGAAGGUCAAAGAGUCCUGUGUCAAGAUGCUGGGCCUGACAGAGGAUACGCACACCUUUACGCUCAAAGACAACACAGGGCUAAGCGAUGGACUCUCAGCCAAUCAACAGAUUGGCAACAUGUUGACAACCUCCAAGAGACAACUGGAGUUGCACCUGUGUAAAAAGGACAAACAAACAGAAGGCGAGACCUCAAAAGUGAACGGUUCUCAAUACAACGUAAACCAGAAUGUGCAGCCAGCGAAAGAGGAGAAGAUCAAGGAACUGAACCAGCAGGUGGACUCUCUGCAACACGUCAUCCUCCAGGUCCAGGAACUCCACCACGGGCUGGUGGCCUUCUGCUCUGAGCUGAAGAGCGUGGACGUGGAGGUGGAUGUGACGGAGCUCAGUCCCGUCGAGCUGAGACAUCGGUUGGAAUCGGCCCAGAGCCAACUGCAGGAGAAGAGGCAGAGCCUUCAGAACCUGAAGGAGAACAUCAGCAACGCUGCAGCACAGAGGAACAUGGAAUGGCGCUCGGAGAUCCGCCUCAUUGACAAGAUGAAACUGAACUGUCAGGUGUUCAAGGCGGAGAUCUCCGUGGUGCAUCUCAACAGACAGGUGGCCCACCUGAAGAAUGCUCUUCAGGAUCGCUGUGAUAAGGAGAGACCUCCAGCAGAGCCAAGCCCUGCCGUGGGUCCCUUGAGCCAGCUGCUGUCCCCGCAGUGCCCAGCCUUGCUGCUGGUGGUCCAGGCGUGCCCGGGGCCCGACAGCCGAUACGGCUUCUCCUGCUGCUCCAGGGGGGCCGGUCAAGGCCUGGUGGUCACCCAGUCGGACCACUCCCAACUCUGCCUGGAGGACAGGCUGGUGGAGGUGAACGGCGUUGCCGUGGUGAAUUCCACCGAGGAAGACCUCCACGGCCUCCUGCUGCAGGGGGGCUCCAGUGCCCAGAUCGUAGUCCUGCGAAGGCCCUCGCUAAGGCCCGCCUCCUGCCAGCCCCCUGGGCCUGUCCAUCAACCGGCUCACCAUGUGCCUCCCCCCGCCGGCUCUCCGGAGGGGGGAGCGGUCGUCAAGGAAACCCCUCCACAGAGGAAGCUGAUAGCCAUUUGAAGAAUUUGUCGUUGUGUGUAAUAUGUGUGUGUGUAGUGUGUAGUGUGUGUAUAUUCGGGAUGUGUUGUGGGUAAUAUGUUGUAGGGAUUGUGUUAAGUUGUGUGUAAUGUGCGUGUUCAUGUGGGCCAGGGAGAGAAAGAGAGAGAGAGUGAGCGAGCUGAUGUGAGGGGAGACAAUGUGUAGCAGAGUGAGGAGAGAGGAGAUAGAGGGAGAUGGGGGGCAGUGAUGGCGUGGUGCUAAGUCCGCAUCAAGUCAAGCUUUAGCUGUCGCUGCCAAAUUAAUAGAGAUAACCUACUUUGUAGUUGUGUUGGUUAAAUAAAAAAGAAUGGUCUCGCCGUCUGUCCAUUUAUUCAAGAACCGUUACAAACGAGUACAUCCAAAGCGGGGGCAGGAGAGGUGUCCUCGUCUCGUUGAGGAGGGGCGGUGGGGAGGGAAGAGGAUUUAAAGGGAAUUGGAGAAUGUGGGUCCCGGUCGUACAACAUCAUGUCGUUUUUCACGAGUUUCACGGUCUAGCACACAUGGGUCAUAAUCCCAGACCUUAUCAGGAGCACACAAUACAGUGAGACUCUAAGAUUCGGUAAGAAUGUUUCCACCUCCAGGUAGUGACCUGAGGGAGAGGGUGAGAGCUUCAGCCAGCACGAGCAAAGACAUAAUCAGGGCGUUGCAUGGAGGGUAAUGAUAAUCCUCCACCCGAAAUGACAAAGGGAGACUUAAGAGAGGUGGGAAAAACAGGUGGUGAUUGAGCGCCU